AUGGAAGACAUUAAGCUUGACAGCAAGCUUCCGUUCUGGAGAAAGCGUCGCUAUCAUGUUGUUCUGAUGGUUUUCUUCGGUUUAUUUAAUCUCUUCGCUAUUCGAAUUAAUCUCAGUGUUGCGAUCGUCGCGAUGACGGAGAAGAUUAACGUCACUCUUGAAGAUGGCUCAGUUGUGGAAAGACAAGAGUUCGAUUGGGAUUCUACGACCAAAGGAUAUCUUCUUAGUUCAUUUUAUUAUGGAUAUAUAACGACACAAAUCCUGGGAGGAUUUCUUGCUUCUCGCAUUGGUGGUAAUUUGGGAGCAGCGAUUCCCUCCGUUCUAGCCAUUUGGGCUCAAUGGGCGCCAGUUUAUGAACGAUCCUUUAUGGGAAAUGUGUCUUAUACAGGAAGCUACAUCGGAAUCAUCGCAGCGAUGCUUCUCUCGGGAAUUAUGGGUGUUUCUUGGGGUUGGGAGAGUAUUUUCUACUCUUUCGGAUCCUUUGGAUGCCUUUGGUACCUCGCUUGGCUGUUCAUUGUGAGAGCCAAUCCAGAAGUCGAUCCACUUAUAAAAGAGGCGGAAAAGCAGUUCAUUUUGUCGAGUAUUGGAGAUCGCAGUCAAGUGAAGAACAUCAAGCAUCCUUGGAAGGACAUUUUCACGUCCAUGGCUGUUUGGGCAGCUGUAGUUGCAGGUUUUACCUUUAGUUGGGGAUCUUAUACACUUCUUACCCAACUGCCGAUGUUCUUGAAUGAUACUCUGAAUUUCAAUUUGGACACCACAGGAAUAAUGGCUUCCAUUCCUUACAUGGUUGUUACGGCUCUUCUCUUUGUGUCUGGCUUUCUUGCUGACUGGACACAAGUAAAGGGAUAUCUUAGGGCAGGUCAAGUACGAAGAUUCUUCAAUUGCGGAGCUUUCAUCGUUCAAAUGGCUUUCAUGCUUCUCACGGCCUUCACAACUGAUCCCACUUUAAGCAUUGUCUUCAUAAGUCUCGGCGUUGGCGCCGGAGCUUUUGCAUGGUCAGGAUAUGUCGUAAAUCCUCUCGAUUUGGCUCCCAGUCAUGCAUCAAUCAUUAUGGGCUUAUCAAAUACAUUUGGAACUAUAGCAGGGAUCGUGACUCCCAUCGUAACAGGUUACAUUGUGACUGACAGGACUAGAGAUCAAUGGCGAAUAAUUUUCUAUAUUGCUGCUGGAGUUUAUUUGUUUGGAUGCAUUUUCUGCAUGUUUUUCGUCAGAGGAAAUCUUCAGCCAUGGGCGAAAGUUGAUAUUGAAGAGUUGGCAAACAGAAAAGCUCUGAAAGAGAAUGAGAAUCGAAAUAGUUCUGAAUUAUAG